GAGCAGCUAUUUUUAUUCUGCAAACAGCUACCAAGUAGUCAAACACAUCAUUCGGCCGCUUCCAUGAAGCCGCACAUCCUCGCGCGCGCUGAAUGCGAGAAUGCCACGCUCGCAUGCCAUUCAGAUCUUAUAGUUAUACGGCAACGAGGCUCUACGAGUCCCCAGCGUUUGUAUGACUCUUUGCGGUCGCCUUUUGUUGCAACCUGGCGUGGGAAUGUGGGUUUAUCUGGAUUAUUUCAGUUUUUGCUCUAUGGUCGAGUUCUCAUUGAUGGAUCUUGUCGUUUCUUUGAUUGCUUGAUUUUGGAGGCUUGAUUAAUUAGUAACUCGAUUUGGCCACUCUCGUUGUUGUAUAAGAGCUGCGCACCCAUGUCUGUGUGUUUGGGUAUAAGAGUGCCCUGCUGCGUGCCCCUCGUUCUCUGCUUCUUCUUUCCUGCUCUGCUCUUUCCCGUCUGCUGCGCUUUGUGUCUUGUUUCCCUUGGUGCCUGUCGUGUGCUCCAAUUUCGGAGACGAGCACCUGCUCCUGUGUGGAUUUGCGUCGGGGCGCAGAGCAAACGCAAAAAAUCAAGGUUGACGGUUUAUCGUCGGCUUCCAGUGCCGAGAGCCCAAAAAGUGCCGAGAGCUGAAAAGGCUAAGAGCCGACAAUGGCAGAGAGCGGUAAAGUGUUCUGGGUGGCCUGGGUGUUGAGAGUCAGGAGUCGCCGAGAAGAGCCGAGAAGCGCUCAGAGCCAGGAAAGUGCCGAGAGCCAGGUCGACCCGGUUCUGUGCCGACGAAUGCCCGCCGAGAGUCUGCCGGUCGAUGCCGCGCUGAAGCAGCGUGUGGAUGCCGAGCUCGCCCGUGCUCGCAUCUUUUCAGAGAGCGCAUCUGGGGCCUCCGUAACGCUCUCCUUCGUCUCGCCGACAAGCAGCCUAUCCAGGUUGGCAGUGAUGCGGCAAUUUUUGGAGUUGCCAUCAUCAGAGCCUGCGCCAGAUGGAAUUGUCGCCGUUCGGGAACAUGCAGUGAAAGCCAAGCCAACUAUGCGUGUCUUGGAACUGCAGCGCUGCAGUACAGUCUCCAGUCCAAACCCCAUGUGCCGUUGAGGCGCGUCGAGCGUGGACGAUCAGUGGGGUCUCGCAUCGCGCAGGAAAGAUGUGCGUCCUGGAGGCCCUUGAGCUGGACAUUGGAUUGCAGUCAUCUGAACGCGCUGCCAGAGGCAGCGUUGUGGCCUUCGGCCAGUGUUGCUUCGCAAGUGAUUGCAUUUUAGCAUGAUUCUUCACCUGGCCGCCACCAACGCCGGACGCCGAACAUGCAGGACGACCCCAAAGACACCACGCGGCUACAGCCGGCUGCAACAGAGCACUCGGAACACUUGGACCAGCAGGAUUUCGCCAAGUACGCAUCUCUCUGAGUGGGCGGCCGAGGCGUGCAAUGUCUCACGCGAGGCCGGGGCCUCGCCCGCAUCUGAGGGGCCCGGGCGCGCGCCCGCACGGGCGUUCUGUUAUGUUCUAUCCUCUUGCGUUCUCUUUCUUCAUCCGACGCCCCACACCACCUCUAUCCAGAUCGACCGCCAGUCCCAGGCCGACUACUGAGGGCUCCGGCCCCCCCGCGCCGCCCUCAUAGGGCCGGUCACGCCGGACCGACAUUGCGCGCUCUCUCUCUCUCUCUCUGUCGGAGUUGCCGUGCCACAGUAAUCUUCUCUCUAGUGCAAACCCGGUGUGCUUUCGAGGUUCGUCUGCCG